UGCUCCUCCUCCUCCAUCCCCUCGCUGCCUGUUUUCCGGGCAGAACAUGCCGCUGGAUCACCGCCGGGUGCGGGGUCCGGAGGAAUCGCAGCCCCCGGAGCUGUGGGGGGGAACGAGGAAAGAUGAGGAGGAGGAGGAGGAUGAAGACGAAGCCCCCAGGGACCCCUGCGCCUUGCGGCCGCUCUUCGUCCGGGCCGGGCUGCUGAGCCAGGCGGAGGGCUCGGCCUACCUGGAGCUGGGCGGUGGAACCAAGGUCCUCUGUGCCGCAUGGGGCCCGCGGGAAGCUGGCGAGCUCGGGGCCACAGGAGGUGGCCAACUCCUCUGCGAGUUCCGCCGGGCCCCCUUCGCCGGCCGCGGGGCUCGCUGGAGGCCGGGCACGGCGACCGAACGGGAAGCGGAGCGGGAAGCGGCGGCGGCUUUGCGGGAAGCCUUGGAGCCGGCGGUGCGGUUGUCCCGUUACCCGCGGGCUCGGCUGGCUGUCAGCGCUCUACUGCUGCAGGACGGUGGCUCGGCGCUGGCGGCCGCCAUCAGCGCCGCCGCCUUGGCCCUGGCCGAUGCUGGGGUGGAGAUGUAUGAUCUGGCGGUGGGAUGCGCCUUGUGCCGCUCUUCCGGUCCAGCUGCUCCGUGGAUGCUGCAACCUGCAGAGCCCGAGGAACGUCGCGCUGUGGCCCGGCUCACCGUGGCUCUGCUGCCCGCUCUCAACCAGGUGUCGGCAGUGCUGGGGGGCGGGCAGGGCAGCCCUCCUGACACCUGGGCACAGGCCCUUCGACUCGGCAUCGACGGCUGCCACCGCCUCUACCCUGUGCUGCGGCAGAGCCUGCUGCGGGCCGCCCGGCGCCGCGAUGCUGCUGCUGCCACCACCGCCUGAGCGCUGAGGAUGCCCGGGUGGCACUCGUCUGGGGAUGGGGUCCUCUCCCAAAGCUGCCCUCGGUGCUGCUGGAGACCCUAGGGCCUGCCUGAGCCAUGCCUUGUGAUCCUGGAGACACCCAGAGCCUGCCCGAUCCACACGUUGCGCUCCUGGAGACUCCCAGAGCCUUGCCUGAUCCACACCUCAUGCUCCUGGAGACACCCAGAGCCUGCCCGAUCCACCCUUCAUGUUCCUGGAGACACCCAGAGCCUGCCUGAUCCACACCUUGUGCUCCUGAAGACACCCUAGAGCCUGCCUGAUCCACACUUCAUGCUCCUAGAGACCCCCCAGAGACUGCCCAAGCCAGCCCUUGAGCUGCUUGGGACUUCCCGGAGGUGCCUGCACAGCUGGAGACCCAAGAAACCUCCCCAAGAACACCGGACCCUCCUGCCACCGGCGAGCCCCCGCACUGCCUGAGCCCCCCCGGAGCCUGCCUGAGGAGCCCCUGUGUUGCAGGAGACCCCUCCCGUGUGGACCCACGGGAUCCAAGCAGCCUGACACGCUGCUGGAACCCCCCAAGAACAGCCUCCAUACUGCCUCCACUACCCAAGACCUCUGUCUGAGGAGCUGCCUGCGCCGCGGGACCCCACAGCCCACCUUGGGGUGGCCCCGGCACCGGGGCUGAGCCCCCCACACCCAGCUGCCCCCCGCGGCCAUCCACGCAGGCAGGGUGCAGGCAGGAACCACGCCGUGGCGCAGGCUGCCCAUCCCUUGGACCUUGGCCCAGGCAGCGCUUCAGGGUGGCAGAGAUGUGUUCCGUUAGGGGUUUUUUAAUAAUAAAUGUUUUUUUCUG